UAAGCUUGACUCGAAUCAAAAUUCAAAAUCAUGGCCUUUCAAUCACGAAUCUCACUAGCGUUACUUAUCUCCACAUGUCUAUUUUUUUCACCCUCUCAUGCAGGCAAAAUAGCCAUCUAUUGGGGCCAAAAUGGGGGAGAGGGCACGUUGGCACAAACUUGUGCCUCGGGAAAUUACAAAUUUGUCAACCUAGCAUUUCUUGCAACAUUCGGCAACGGGCAAACUCCGGCGAUCAAUCUCGCCGGCCACUGUGACCCCACCGCCGGUGGCUGCACCGGCCUCAGCUCCGACAUCAAGUCGUGUCAGGCUAAAGGCGUCAAAGUCCUUCUCUCGAUAGGCGGUGCGGCCGGCAGCUACUACCUGACAUCUGCUCAGGAUGCCAGGCAAGUAGCCACUUAUUUGUGGGACAAUUUUUUAGGCGGGAGCUCAUCCACCCGACCACUAGGGGAUGCGGUUUUGGAUGGUGUUGACUUUGAUAUCGAGGGAGGGACCAAUCAGCACUGGGAUGACCUAGCACGGUAUCUCUCCGCCUAUAGCAAGAGGGGCAAGAAAGUAUACUUGAGUGCUGCCCCUCAGUGCCCCUUCCCCGAUGCAUGGAUCGGGGAAGCCCUUCAAACGGGUCUUUUUGACUAUGUUUGGGUUCAGUUUUACAACAACCCGCCGUGCCAAUAUUCGUCUGGCAUGGCGAAUCUUGAGGCGGCGUGGAAGCAAUGGAGCUCGAUUAAGGCCACUGAGAUAUUUCUUGGCUUGCCGGCUUCGGCUUCUGCUGCCGGCAGUGGAUUCAUUCCGGCCGGCGAUCUUACUUCGCAGGUGCUUCCGGCGAUAAAGGGCUCGGCUAAGUAUGGUGGGGUGAUGUUGUGGGAUAAGUACCAUGAUGAUCAAAGUGGAUAUAGUUCAUCCAUUAAGAAUCAUGUUUAAUUUGAAGAUGUUGUUUGAGUAUUUGUGUCGCGUAUUAUUACUAUUAUGUGUUUGGUUGUGUGAUUUUUAUGUUUUAUUUUAUUGUGAU